GUCUACUCAUAAGCCUUAAUUCCUCGAGCCUUCACUCCCCUCCAGACCCCUUUACUCUCUUACUUAUCACUCCUACUCAGCUCAAACCCAGCCAGCCUCACCAGUCCAACCACAAUGUCCCCGAUCUCCGUCCACCGCAGCAGCGGCGGAGGCAACAACAACAACAACAACAACAACAACAACAAUAGCCCCGAACAAUCCUACACGCAACUCCCAGACACGGAUCUCGACUCGAUCGGCCACCACUGCGACCUCUCCUACUGCCACCAACUAGACUUCCUCCCCUUCCGCUGCUCCUCCUGCAAGGGCACCUUCUGCCUGGACCACCGCACCGAGACCGCACACAAGUGCCCGCGCGCCGGCGACUGGGCCCGCGCCCGGGACUCUGCCUCUGCGUCUCCCUCCCCCUCCGCCAGCACCUCCUCCUCGCAAACCCAGACCCAAAAACCCACCAUCUACAAUACAACGCAAUGUGCCCACCUCACCUGCAAAACCCUAAUCCACACCCUCACCGACCCGGGCGUGAAAUGUCCCGAAUGCCGUCGCGAGUACUGCCUCCGCCACCGCCUCCGCGAAGGCCACGACUGCAAGCCUGCCGCUGCCGCCGCGUCGUCUGCCCGGCCCAGCGCUUCCUCGGGCUCGGCGGAUACGCUGAAAUCCAUGUUUGCGAGGGUGCGUGGCGGGAUUGCGUCCAAGCUUACCGCAAAUUCAACCUCGGGUGCGGGGGCCGGGGCGGGUGCUGCUGCUGCUGCCGCCGCCGCCGGGAAGACAUCCGCGAGUGCGGCGGGCAAGCGGGGUAGUAAGCCUGUUAACAGGGCGAUGCACGUCAACAACCUCAAGCGCACGGCCAAGGGCGAUGCGAAUGUGCCCGCUGAGCGGCGGGUGUAUCUUACUGUUGAGGCGGUGGCGUCGGCGGAGACGCCGAGCGGGACAGCGCCGCGGGGCGUGUUCUGGUUCGAUGCGCGGUGGAAGGUUGGGCGGUUGCUUGAUGAUGCUGCUAGGCGGCUGGGGGUCGAGAAUGUGAAUAAUCGGGUUGCCGGGGAGGAGGAGAAACUGCGGGUGUUCCAUGUCGAUGGGGGGGUGUUUUUGGAGUUUGGCGAUGCGGUGGGCGAGAAGGUUGCGCAGGGUGAUACGGUUGUUUUGUUAAGGGGGGCGGGGGUUAUGUUUUAGCUUCCUUUCUGUCUGUGUGUGGAUCUAGCUUGAUUUCUUCGGCGUGGAGUUCCGGGCAUUUGGGUGUCUACCUAUCUUGCG